AAGGUGCAGUAUCAUUUGUGUUGUGAUUGCCGCCACCGACAGAUCGCAACGGGAGGUUCCAGUUACCAGGAUAAAAGUGAAACAAAGGAUAUACACCAUGAAUAAAGCUAGCGCUAUCCUGUCGCUGCUGUUCGUGGCCAGCGCCUUGGGCGGCGUGAUCGAGGACUUCGAGUACCUGUCGGUGGACGCGAUGUGCGAGCUGUUGCCGCAGGACACGAGCUUCCUGCGACCGAAUACCUGCGACAACUGGGUGCGCUGUGCCACCAACUACAGUGCCCUGGAGCAGGGCGGCUGUGCGUCAGGACUGUACUACAACAAGGAGCUGGGUCGCUGCAUCCUGGCCUCCAGUGCCGUGUGUCCCUAUGCGGGUCUGGCCAUCGAGAAGCCCAAGAAUCUGUGCGCCAACGAGACGGAGGGCGCCUUCAUCGUGGAUCCCAGCAGCAGCAAUUGCCGCGGCUACAUCCUGUGCAAGGCCAACAAACAGAUCCAGGCCAACUGCCCCAACGAGCUGGUCUUCCAGCCGACCUCGCGUUCCUGUGUGUACGAGACCCAGUACAAGUGCCCCGCCAGCCAGACCAAGAAGUCAUCGCCGGCCUGCCGAUCGCUGGCCAAUAACACCCGUCUGGCCGAUCCCGUCCACUGCGAUCAGUACUACGAGUGCGUCAGCGAGGUCCUUCACAGUCGCUCCUGCCCAGUGCAAACGGCCUACGAUGCCGAUCUCGGCUACUGCGUGGAUGUUAGCGAGGUGACGUGCUAUGAUACGGCUGCCCUGCCGGAACCCGAGAACACCUUCUGCCUGGACAAUGCCACCGGAUCCGCUCGUGUGGGCUACUUUGCCGACGAUCUGUCCUGCUCCCACUACUAUAUCUGCGGCAAUCCCGUCGCCGGCAAACACGACACGGAGCCCAAGCACCUGAGUUGCCCCCUGGGCCAGUACUUUGACUUCGAGAAGCUGUCGUGCAGGGAUAGGUUGAAUGUGCGCUGCCAACUGGACAGGUGUGUGGGCACCAACAUGACCUACGUAAAUGUGGCCGGCGAUUGCCAGAGCUACGGACGCUGCUCCGGCGGAGCGACCGUCAGUUUGGGCCACUGCCCCACGGGCUACUACUUCGACGAACGCAACCAGGGAUGCACCCAAACCAAUUACCACUACAUCGCCUGCUCCGUUUAGGAACGCCGCAAUGGCACUUCAAAUAUCACUCAAAAUUUAAAGCCCUAAUAAAUCGAUCCAAUUUAAGGUGGAGGUCAAAUGCAUUGUA